AUGUCGGCGGCCGGUGCGACCCCUUUGGCCGUUGCACAAAUCACUGUCGGACUCACCACCACACGCCGCCGUGUCAGAGAUUCCUUAGAAACCACCUCCGAACGACCCUCUGUUUCCUCCGAUUACUGCAACACAUUCAACAACACCGUCUCUCCGGAUUUAGACCACGGAGAUACCAUCGGACAAGGCGGCGCGUGUUCUUCACCUUCCUCGAUGGGUUCUUCGUCUAGCGGAUCCCAUUACCACCACGAUCAUCACUACCAUCAUCAUCCGACGAUUCGGUACCUGUUUCUCUGUAAACUACGUUUGCCGUUUCUCUGCGACGGUGGUGGAUCGACGGUUGUGGUGGGUCAAGGCUUUGUUCGGGUAGAAACGUGGGUCGUCGGAUCUUGGGUUUUUUCAUGA